AUGUCUAAGGAGGGAAUCGGCAGUUUAGCGAUUCUGGUCUCAUCUAUCUUCUUUUCUUUCUGCUAUGCUAUACCCCAUGUACCGAGAGACCAGCCCCUUCAUCUUGCUAAAAGAGAGGAUUCCGACUGGGAUAAGGCCCUGAACGCUGGAAAGAAGAUAGCGGCUGACUUUACUGGUACCCCGACACAAUCCAAGUGGACCAAUGUCAACAGUUUGGAGACAAACGGUUGGACUGAUCAAGUUGAUGACCCCGAGACCUUCAAAUCUCUGAGCGCAGUUUUCACGUCCAUCGGCCUGGAUCGAGCUGAUAACACGAUUAUAACACUCAUCCAAGACCAAGAUGUCACAGUCGAUGGAACAGAAUAUUUGGCAAGUAACGGCUUCUAUAAAAAUACCUACAAUGUCAAGGCUGGCGUUAUCAUCGCAAACGAUAAUAAAAGUCCCCGGGAAAAAAGAUUUGAAGAUGGAAACGACUGCGACGAUGUCGUACCGCUGGCAAAAUUUUCUGAUGUGGUUUUCCUUGAGUGGCAAAAGCUCGCAGGAACGUCCGUUGAUGGUCUCAAGUAUAUGAUUCGGAGCGAAAUCGAUAAUGCGGCUACCAAGGCGGUCAUUCGGAAGGCCUGCGGUCUUGCUGCGAAUGAGGAGGAUUGGUCGAAGAUUGAGGAUGCACAGGAGUUCCUACCUGGCACUGACAAUUUCAACGCACUUCUGGGCUCUCCCAAUGGUCGCGGUCUCGGGUAUAUGCUAAGCCAGCAUCAAAGUAAAUUGGGCAAGGGUAAGACCGUGACUAAAAUCACAGUGCAGGGUCAAAAGGUUGUUCGCACUUGGAAUGUCAUGAUGAUCCAAGAGAUCGGAACGGCCUAG